GCGGCAAACUCUCUUUGCGGUGCGACGCUCCGAAUUUGUGCUCCUCGCCGACGAUUCCUGUUGAGCAAGCUCCCGUCGUAAUCUCUCGCUCUGUCACCAUGUCGGUCAGCGAGCUUGCUUGCACCUACGCCUGCCUCAUCCUCCACGAUGACGGCAUCGCCAUCACUGCCGAUAAGAUCGCCAGUUUGGUGAAGGCUGCCAACGUUUCAGUUGAGGGCUACUGGCCUUCGCUUUUCGCCAAGCUGUGCGAGAAGAGGAGCGUUGAUGAUCUCAUCACCAAUGUCGGAGGUGGUGGUGGUGCUGCCGUCGCUGUGAGCGCUGCACCUGCUUCCUCGGCUGCCGAUGAAGCUCCCCAAGUAGAGGAGAAGAAGGAGGAGCCGAAGGAAGAGAGUGAUGACGACAUGGGAUUCAGUUUGUUUGAUUAGAAUUGCUUAAUGGGUUGAGUGGGACCUUUUAUAUGCCAGUGUCGACCCGUUCGUGUUAAGCCGUCUAUGAUCACAAGGAACUUUGAAAAUGUGAGGGCUCUGGCUGUUUGCAUCUUAUCAUGCUUUGACACAUUGCAUUGCCAAAUUGUUGGCAUCGGUCGCUACCCAUGUAAUCUGGAAGCAAGAAUGAAUUCAAUGUCUUAGUCACCAUGCGAUGACGGAGUGACAGAGUUUUCAUAAGGUUGUCCUUAACCACA